GGCUUGAACUUUGGAAAAUUUCAAACCUAAAUCCAAAUUGAACACUCUUUCUCCUACCAUUUCUUUUUCUUCAAUAAGUAGCGUUAAACCCUUUCAAGAAACCAUUUUACCAGUCCGCAUUCUUCAAUCCUAUCGAUCUGAUUACAAUUUAUAGUUCUCUAAAUUAGAAAGAGAACAUCAAAAUGGAGAUAAAAGAGCUGUCUUUCACACCUGAUAACCCGCCUCUCUCCGUCCUCUCCGCCGCCAAAGUCUCCGCCGUCAACCUCCCAACUCCCACUAUUCUCACCCCUGACCCUUCUACCCCUCCCACUCUUCUCUUCUCCGAUGGGACAAUAUUACGAGGUACAUUAGUUCUUCUUCGAUACAUUGGUCGUGUUGCCAAUCUCUACGGACAGGAUGCUCUCCAAUCUUCCCAGAUUGAUGAGUGGCUGGAUUUUUCUAGUAUUCUUUCAUCAGGGUCUGAAUUUCAGACAGCAUGUACUUACAUUGAUGGUUUUUUGGAAACACGUACUUUUUUGGUUGGAUAUUCUUUGUCAAUUGCAGAUAUGGCUGUUUGGGCUGGUCUAGCAGGUGCUGGGCAGAGAUGGGAAAGUUUGAGGAAGUCAAAGAAAUACCCCAAUCUUGUACGUUGGUUCAACUCUAUAUCUAUGGAGUAUAAUGAUGCCUUGAAUGAAGUCACAUCAACAUAUGUUAGCAAAAAAGGUGGCGGAAAACCUGCAGCAGCUAAAUCAAAAGAACAGGUUGUCAAUGGGGAUGUCACUGAAAAGGGAAAAGGAAUAAGCAAAACAGCUGAAGUUGAUCUUCCUGAUGCGGAAAUUGGGAAGGUCUGCCUGCGAUUUGCUCCAGAGCCCAGCGGUUACCUUCACAUCGGACAUGCAAAGGCAGCAUUAUUGAACCAGUACUUUGCUGAGAGGUAUCAAGGUGAGCUGAUUCUUCGCUUUGAUGAUACAAAUCCAGCAAAAGAAAGCAGCGAGUUUGUGGAGAACCUUUUGAAGGAUGUUGAGACGUUGGGUGUUAAAUACAAAAGAGUUACACAUACGUCGGAUUACUUUGAUGAGUUGAUGAACAAGGCUGAAGCAUUGAUCAAGGAGGGUAAAGCUUAUGUUGAUGACACUGUACGUGAGCAAAUGCAGAAAGAAAGAAUGGAUGGCAUUGAAUCAAAAUUUAGAAACAACACCGUGGAGGAGAACCUUAAGCUGUGGAGGGAAAUGAUUGAAGGAUCGGAAAGGGGUAAACAGUGCUGUCUUCGUGGGAAGUUAGACAUGCAGGAUCCAAACAAAUCUCUUCGGGAUCCAGUCUAUUAUAGGUGUAAUCCUGUUCCUCACCAUAGAAUUGGGUCCAAGUACAAGAUAUAUCCUACAUAUGAUUUUGCUUGUCCCUAUGUUGAUGCUUUAGAAGGUAUAACGCAUGCACUACGGUCAAGUGAGUACCAUGACCGAAAUGCUCAAUAUCACAGGAUUCAAGAGGAUUUGGGCAUUAGAAAGGUUCACCUUUAUGAAUUUAGCCGGUUGAAUAUGGUAUACACACUUCUCAGUAAGCGUAACCUUCGGUGGUUUGCUGAAAAUGGAAAGGUUGAUGGAUGGGAUGAUCCUCGAUUUCCAACUGUUCAAGGAAUUGUACGCAGAGGUUUAAAAAUUGACGCAUUAGUACAAUUUAUUCUUGAACAGGGGGCAUCAAAAAACCUCAACCUGAUGGAAUGGGACAAACUGUGGACAAUUAAUAAGAAAAUUAUAGAUCCUGUUUGCCCAAGACACACUGCUGUUAUUGAAGAAAAACGUGUGCUCUUGACCUUGACUAAUGGUCCUGAGAACCCUUUCGUUCGCGUCAUACCAAGACAUAAGAAAUACGAGGGUGCUGGAGAGAAAGCUACAACCUUCACAAAGAGGGUAUGGUUAGACUAUGAUGAUGCAGUGAGCAUUGAGAAGGAGGAAAAUAAAGAAGUGACCUUAAUGGAUUGGGGGAAUGCUAUAGUGAAAGAAGUUGUGAAGGACGAGAGUGGACAAAUUACGGAGCUGGUUGGGGUUUUGCAUCUCGAAGGCUCUGUUAAGACAACAAAGUUAAAGCUCACCUGGUUACCAGAAACAAAUGAAUUAGUUAAUAUCACACUGAUGGAGUUUGACUAUCUAAUAUCAAAGAAAAAGCUGGAAGAAGGUGAGAAUUUCAUGGAUGUGCUUAACCCAUGUACGAAGAAGGAGAUUCCAGCAAUAGGGGAUUCAAACAUGCGAAAUUUGAAGCGAGGAGAGGUACUACAACUGGAGAGGAAAGGCUACUACAGAUGCGAUGUUCCUUUUGUCAGACCGUCAAAGCCUAUAGUUUUAUUCGCGAUUCCUGAUGGCAGGCAAGCCGGCAAGUAGAACUACAGACAUAGGCUGAACCAGGAUACGCAGAAUGACAUGUCGGGAAUUAGAUAUUGCUAUUGAAUCUUGGAUCAAGGAUCUCGUUGGAUGUAUUAUUUUCUGAUUUUCGUAUGUUUUUAAUUGAUAAUAUAAGGGUUGGCUGUUGCCAAACUUUAAAUGUCGGCUUGUUAUGGACUCUGAAAAACUCAUGAACCGAGAGUAUAGAGAUUCUCAUUAUCAGAUUUGCCAUUGUUGCUGUA